CAGGAAGUAAACGUAGAGAAAAAAAAACUCGCUAGUUGGUUCCUCAAUUUUAUUUGUGCUGCAGUGAGUGGAUAAGGCAGCUGUAAAUUUUCUCUGAACUGCUUUCUAUUCAAUGUGCAAAAACUUCGGUGUGUGUUUUAAACGUUCAGGAAUCCACAUGUAGAAUAUUUCCCUUGGAUUGAUAAAACCUCAGUACAACUAAAAGACCAAUUCUAUCCGACUCCCAUUUGGUCACUGCGAGAGACAAGACUAAGAGGUCUGAUGUAGAAAAAAAGCUUCUGAGAUUAAGUAUGAACGGCUGUGGUUGAUGACCAGCCUUAUGUGAAGAAAAUAUGGGAUGUAUAAAGUCAAAGAACUUCACUGAAGAACCUAAAGAAUUGAAGGAAAAACCAGUACGUAAAUCUGAACCAACUAUUUAUGUGAGAGAUCCCACAUCCAAUACACAAGUGCCAAAUCCAAACCAGGAUUCUCAUCUUUUACCUGGCCAGAAGUUUCAGAAGUUUGAAGAAACUGAUGGCAAAAUAGUUAUAGCCUUGUAUGCAUAUGAUGGAAAUCAUACAGAUGACCUGAACUUCAAGAAAGGAGAAAGACUGAAAGUGCUUGAAGAGCAUGGUGAAUGGUGGAAAGCCAAGUCACUCGUAACUAGAAAAGAGGGAUAUAUUCCCAGCAAUUAUGUGGCAAACAUCAAUACACUGGAAACUGAGGAGUGGUUCUUUAAAGAUAUCAGUCGCAAAGAUUCAGAGAGACAUCUGUUAUCACCUGGAAAUAAAACUGGUGCUUUCCUCAUUAGGGAGAGUGAAACGUCAAAAGGUAGUUACUCACUGUCGAUGAGAGAUUUUGAUCCUCAGAUGGGCGACGUAGUUAAACACUACAAGAUUCGAUGUUUGGACAGUGGAGGAUUUUACAUUUCUCCUAGAAUUACAUUUGUUGACCUAAAUGAGCUAAUUAAACAUUAUCAAAAACAGCCUGAUGGCCUGUGUCGAAAGCUUGGAUCCCCCUGUAUUAGCCACAAACCACAAAAACCAUGGGAUAAAGAUGCAUGGGAAAUUCCACGAGAAUCUGUGAAACUGGUUAAGAAACUUGGAGCUGGACAGUUUGGAGAAGUAUGGAUGGGUUACUAUAAAAAUUCUACAAAAGUAGCUGUGAAAACUUUGAAACCAGGCAGCAUGUCUGUGGAAGCCUUCCUUGAAGAAGCCAAUCUAAUGAAGAAACUCUUACACGACCGAUUGGUACGGCUCUACGCAGUGGUGACUAAAGGAGAUCCAAUUUACAUUAUUGCUGAAUUUAUGGCCAAUGGUAGUUUACUAGAUUUCCUGAAGACAGAUGAAGGGAGGAGGCUUAUAUUACCAAAAAUGAUUGACUUCUCGGCACAGAUUGCAGAAGGAAUGGCAUUUAUUGAAAGAAAAAAUUACAUCCAUCGAGAUCUUAGAGCAGCUAAUGUUUUGGUAUCAGAAAAUCUGAUGUGUAAAAUCGCUGAUUUUGGCCUUGCUCGAAUAAUUGAAGAUAAUGAGUACACAGCCAAAGAAGGAGCUAAAUUUCCAAUUAAAUGGACAGCACCUGAAGCUAUAAGCUAUGGAUCUUUCACAAUUAAGUCAGACGUUUGGUCCUUUGGGAUACUCUUGUAUGAAAUCGUCACAUUUGGAAAAAUUCCGUAUCCAGGGAUGUCUAACACAGAAGUUGUAAAUGCUAUUGGGCGUGGUUAUCGCAUGCCACGUCCUGAAGAAUGCCCACAAGAGCUGUAUGAUGUCAUGAAAGAUUGUUGGAGAACUAAAGCUGAAGAUCGGCCAACCUUUGAAUAUCUUAAAGAGCUGCUUGAGGACUUUUAUACAGCAACAGAAGGCCAAUACCAACAGCAGCCAUAGAGAAAUUUAAAAGAAACAAAUCCAUAACUAGAACAAGCUGUUAAAUUAUGUGAAAGAGAGUCUUCCGUUUGAUUGACACCAGCUGUAUAUACCAUAAUUAGUGUGCAGACUAGUUAUUCUUACAUUCUUCAUUCUUGUUUUUUUAAAAUUCUUAACAUUUCAUUUCUUUAAAAACAUCACUUCAGUACCACUUUUUACUGGAAUGAAAAAGCUGGUUUUUCACAAAUUUUGCAGUCAUAAUAACUGAUAUUUGACAGCUUCGAUGAAGUGUUACUACAUGAGAUUUUUACUGUGUGUAUGUGCAAAAUGCAGAAAAUUGUAUAUAUAGAUAAUAGCAAAGUCUACAGUAUACUAACAUUAUACAUAAACAAAAUUGCACUGACUAUAGUACAAAGGAUUAAAUGUUAAUACAUCAUAUCCUUUGCUUUAAGAUAUUUUAUAUUCAUUAUUUCAUUUGGGUUUUGGGAUUGAUAACAGUACAUCAAAAUACGUGUACAAUUUAUACACAUUCCCACAAACAAUUCAAAAACUAUCCAGCACCACAGCUCCAGAUUUAAUACACUUCUUUUGAAGAUUUGAAUGAAACAUUGGAAUAAAACUCCAUGAGCCUGAAAUGAGUUGAACUCUAAUUAUGUUUAUGCAUUUUUCAACUGAUUUUCCAGAAGUGAAUUAACUUUGUGUAACCAGAAAAAUUUCACUCUUCCUUUAUUGUAAAUGGUAUUUUAUUCCAUGUAUUUUGUACAAUAAAAAUUGACCAUCAGUUUUAAUGGAACUGUUAAUGGAUGUAUACCCUAUUUUGUAAAAUGUGCAAUAAUUUGCUUUGAUUUUUCUGUUUUCCCUUUGUGGGAAGCAAUAUACAAUAAAUUAUGAAUUUGUAACAUGAA